CGGCCAGUCUGCAGAGGUCUAAUCCUCUUACUGACCCUAAGCAUCACUCCCUGCCAGCCCGCCAGCCGAACAGCCCAUCCUAGAGUCCCAGUCCAGAUUGUCCCCACACCUCUCCAGACUGACCACACUUCACAGCAGAGACCGGCUCGUCAGGUGACUGAAUUAUAGGGCAUGGACACAAUCUCGUCUGUUUUAGUCUUGUGCUCUUCUUCACACUGAAAAAUAUUUGAAUGUCUUGUUUGGAUACUGUCUGGAGGACUAUCAUCUUGCUGAAGAAACACGCACAAACUAACAAACACACACAAAAGCAACACAAAGCAAAAAUGUUUGUGAAUGGGACCAGGAAGUGGCUUUCUAGGACGCAAGAUAGCACUCCAAAGCCACCUGGCAAGACCAAGAAAACAAAAAUCUGCAAUGGCAGCAACAACAACAACAUCAGCAGCAGUGGCGGCAGCAGCAGCAACAAGUGCAAGAAGUGGCCGGCCAAGACACUGAAACAGCACCGGGGGCGACUCCUGAAGGAGCUGGAUGUCAACAAAGUGCUCCUGCACCUGGUCUACCACAGGGUCUUCUCCCUGGGCGAAUACAAGGAGAUCCUGGGUCAUCAGAGCAGCCAGAAGCAGGCUGAGGUCUUCCUGGACCAACUGUCCUCAAAGGGACCCACAGCGUUUGGUGCGUUCUGCUCUGUACUGGAGGAAGUCAACCCUCACCUACUAACAUGCCUGCUGCUGGACCAUGAAGACCGGGAUGCAGCCAAAGGGGCGAAGGCCUUCAGUCGGGGUCAGAGGGGUGAGGGGGGGCGAGGAGCUGUGCCCCCCCACCGCUACACUCAGAGCCUCCCACGCCAGGCCGACCUCUCACACGUCCCCCUCCUCUGCAACCACCCGCUACUCAAGACCAGGGUUCCUCCUGACAUCCCCGGGGCUACAGGGCCCGCUAUUGCGAGUGUGUCCGGUGCUGCGGGCGCCGCCACUCUGGUGCCGUCCUCGGCCAUCUCCACGCUUUCGCUGAGCCAGAGCAACAAGCCAUCGCUGCGCCGCAUCAAGGGACGCAUCCACCGCAGCAAGAGCCUGGACAGCAUUGACCUGCUCGACUGCAAUAGUGCAAUGGAGGAAACAGUGAUAUGGGAACAGCACACAGUCACUCUUCAGAGGGCACCGGGCUUCGGGUUCGGAAUCGCUAUUUCUGGGGGGCGGGACAACCCCCACUUCCAGAGUGGGGAGACGUCCAUCGUCAUCUCAGAUGUGCUGACAGGAGGGCCAGCGGAGGGGCUCUUACAGGAAAAUGAUAGAGUGGUGAUGGUCAACGCUGUCUCCAUGGACAAUGUGGAACAUGCCUAUGCUGUGCAGCAGUUAAGGAAAAGCGGCAAAAAUGCCAAAAUAACGAUCCGGCGCAAGCGGAAGGUCCAGAUCCCGGUGGCUCGGCCGGGCGACCGCGAGACGAUGUCGGAGCGAGAGGACGAGGAGAGCGACGAGGAAGAGUACAGCGGCCCGGGGGCGUACCCGUCAGCUGGAGCCAGCGGAGGCUCGGGGACGGCACGCCGCGGCGAACGGAGAGAACGGGCCACGUCGCGGGACAGGAGCGCCUCGCCGCGCUCAGUGGCCUCCAACAUCGCCCAGCCACGUCCCGCCAAGGUCACCCUCGUCAAGUCCCGCAAGAACGAAGAGUAUGGUCUGCGGUUGGCCAGCCACAUCUUUGUGAAGGACAUCUCCCCCGAGAGUCUGGCAGCACGAGAUGGCAACAUCCAGGAAGGAGACGUGGUGCUGAAGAUCAACGGCACGGUGACGGAGAACCUGUCCCUGAUCGACGCCAAGAAGCUGAUCGAGAGGUCAAAGGGCAAGCUAAAGAUGGUGGUCCAGCGGGACGAACGUGCCACGCUCCUCAACAUCCCUGACAUGGAUGACAGCAUUGCCUCCGCCAACUCCGACAGAGACGACAUCUCUGAGAUCCAUUCUCUGGCGUCUGACCACUCCCAUGACCGGACGCGUGGGGCGCGGUCUCGGUCUCCGGACAAGCGCUCCGAGCCCUCGGACCUCUCCAGACAGUCCCCUCAGCAGAUCAGCAAUGGCAGCCACAGGAGAAGCGAUGAGGACCGCAUGUCGUCCAAGCCAGGUGCGUCCACGCCCAUCAAAGGCUCGGAGGAGACGCUCCACUCACAGCCCAGUGAGCCGUCAGGGUCCAGAGACGAGAAGCAGAUCCCCCCACUGCCAGAGCCCAAGCCUGUGUAUGCCCAGCCUGGGCAGCCCGAUGUGGAUCUCCCCGUCAGUCCCUCCGAUGCCCCCGUGCCCAGUGCUGCCCAUGAUGACAGCAUCCUCAGGCCCAGUAUGAAGCUGGUGAAGUUUAAGAAGGGGGAGAGUGUGGGCCUGCGCCUAGCCGGAGGCAACGAUGUGGGCAUUUUUGUGGCAGGCGUUCUGGAGGACAGCCCCGCUGCAAAAGAGGGCCUUGAGGAGGGAGACCAGAUUCUCAGGGUAAACAAUGUUGACUUUGCGAACAUCAUCCGCGAGGAGGCGGUUCUGUUUCUGCUGGACCUGCCGCGGGGAGAAGAGGUCACCAUACUGGCCCAGAAGAAGAAGGACGUGUACCGGCGAAUCGUGGAGUCGGACGUGGGCGACUCCUUCUACAUCCGCACACACUUCGAGUACGAGAAGGAGUCUCCGUACGGGCUGAGCUUCAACAAGGGUGAGGUGUUCCGCGUGGUCGACACACUCUACAACGGCAAGCUGGGCUCCUGGCUCGCCAUCCGCAUCGGCAAGAACCACCAGGAGGUGGAGAGGGGCAUCAUCCCCAACAAGAACAGGGCGGAGCAGUUGUCCAGUGUGCAGUACACGCUUCCGAAGACCCCUGGCGGCGACAGGGCGGACUUCUGGCGGUUCCGCGGCCUGCGCAGCUCCAAGCGAAACCUGAGGAAGAGCCGGGAGGACCUGAGUGCCCAGCCCGUCCAGACCAAGUUCCCCGCCUACGAGAGGGUCGUCCUGAGAGAGGCUGGUUUCCUCAGGCCAGUGGUCAUCUUUGGGCCCAUUGCUGACACGGCUCGAGAGAAGCUGUCCAGAGAAGUGCCUGAUCUGUUUGAGCUCGCCAAGAGCGAACCCCGCGACGCCGGCACCGACCAGCGCAGCUCCGGAAUCAUCCGCCUGCACACCAUCAAACAGAUAAUCGACAGGGAUAAACACGCAGUGCUGGAUAUCACCCCUAAUGCAGUGGACCGUCUGAACUACGCGCAGUGGUACCCCAUUGUGGUGUUCCUCAACCCCGACAGCAAACAGGGGGUGAAGAACAUGAGGAGCCGCCUGUGUCCCGAGUCACGCAAGAGCGCACGCAAGCUCUAUGAGAGGGCCCUCAAGCUGAGGAAGAACAACCACCACCUGUUCACAGCAACCAUCAACAUGAACAACAUGAAUGACGGAUGGUACGGUUCCCUGAAGGACACCAUCCAACAGCAACAGAACCAGCUUGUCUGGGUUUCAGAGGGCAAGGCGGACGGCGCCCCUGAGGACGACCUGGAUAUCCAUGACGACCGGCUGUCGUACCUGUCUGCGCCGGGCAGCGAGUACAGCAUGUACAGCACGGACAGCCGCCACACGUCCGACUACGAGGACACCGACACCGAGGGCGGCGCCUACACCGACCAGGAGCUGGACGAGACGCUGAACGACGAGGCCGGACCGCCGCCGCCGCCGGGCGACGCGCUGACCCGCUCCUCCGAGCCCGUGCAGCAGGACAUGGCCGUGCUGCAGCAGCCGCCGCCCGGAUACGCCGCCGUGGCCGCCGCUGCCGCCGCCGCGGGCGCCUACCCGCACGCCGUGGGAGACCCUGUGACCGCCGCCACCCGCGUCGCUGGGCCGCAUCGAGCCGGCCGGCUUCAAGGGCCCCGCUCCCCAGCUUUGACCCGUCCACAGACAGCAGAGCCGGCUGCUGCCGCGGCCCCUGUGCCGGUGGUGGAGCCGCUGGCCCAGACAGCGCCCCCUGCAGCUCGACACUCUCCAAGCGCUGCCAUCGCGACCGCCACCCCGGAACCCCCCUCCACCUCUACCGAGCCCCCCCCACCCGUCACUUCCACCACCAACUCCAACUCCAGCCUCACCCUCCCCGAGGCUGGGCCAAUCAGGAGCAGCCCUGUCCCAGAGCUAGCCCCGCCCCCGGGUCACGAGCCCACCCAAACCGGGACGCCCGGGUCGGAACCAAAGAUGUACAAGAAGGAGAUCUACAGCAUGGACGAGCCAAUCAGGGUGAGCCCGGGCCUGAAGCAGCCGACGCCGACCUAUCAUGCGGCGCCGUACGGCGAGGACGCGCCCUACCGCGACUACGACCAGCUGCCGUACCGCUACGAGGCCGGCGGCUACCUGGAGCCCAAGACACGCGGCUACUACGACCCUCGCCUGGCGACGUAUGCUGACCAGCAGCAGCAGCAGCAGCAGCCCCCGUGGCCAACUUAUGACCAGCCCCCUCCGCCACAGCGAUUGGCCUACGAGGAGGCGCCUGACCGCGCCUACAGCCCCCCCCAGCAGCGCUACGACGACCCGCCGCCGCUGGCCUACGACGGCCGGCCGCGCUACGGAAAGCCAGCGGCGCCGCUCCGCUACGACGAGCCCCCGCCGGCCGUCCAGUCCGCGGGCUACGACCCGUACGGCUACUCCUCGCCCGUCUCGCACUCGCCCGACCCCCCGGCCCUCCUUCACCGACCCCCGUACAGCCAGACGCCUCCCGCCGUCGCCCGUAGCAACAACUACGCCAACGUGGUGGACACCGCGCCGCCCGUGCCCCCGCCCAAGCCCGAGGCGUCGCUGAUGCCCUCGCCCUCGGACGAGCUGUCCGGCAUGCCCAAGACGCUGUCGCCGCCACCGGCGUCGGUCAGCCCCGCAGCGGUCAGUGGGAGUGGGCACACGCCGGAAGACGACCCGGCCAUGCGGCCGCAGUCGGUGCUCACGCGCGUCAAGAUGUUCGAGAACAAGCGCUCCGUCUCUGUGGACCGAGCCCGCGACGCAGACAUGGCCAUGAGGCCGGUGGAUAUGGUGCCCAAGCCUGGCGUGGGGCCUGGUUCAGUCCCCAAAGCCAACUCUCUGAGUAACCUGGACCAGGAAAAGGCGUUCAGGAUGCCUGAGCCGCAGCAGCCCCAGUCGAGGGCAGUCGAUGACAUUGUGCGCUCCAACCACUACGACCCAGACGAGGACGAGGAGUACUACAGGAAGCAGCUGUCCUACUUCGACCGCCGCAGCUUCGACAAGCCCAGUCCUGCGCCCACCCCAGUCAACAAGCCCGACAAGAUCAGCUCUGCGCCGGGCAACUCCAGACCGCCACCAAUAAUGCCUAAGCCCACCUCGUUAGAUGGAUCCGCUGGCCUCGCCCAAUCCAAACCCUCGGGUCGGGAGGACACGGUCCAUGGCAACUUCCUGCCCCAGAAGAGCUUUCCAGAAAAGUCCCCGGUCAACGGCACCGAGCCGCCCAAGACGCCCACCGGCUACAACCGCUACGUGCCCAAGCCGUACACCACGUCGGCGCGUCCCUUCGAGCGCAAGUUCGACGGCCCCAAGUUCAACCACAACCUGUUGCCCAACGACAGCACGCAGGGCAAGGGAGAGGGCAGCGUGGGGGGGAAGAGCCCGGUCAACAACGUGGCCAAGCCGCACGGCUCCCCCCAGCCCCCCGACCACGACAGCGGCGUGGACACCUUCACCCGCACCAUGGACCACCGCAAGUACCCGCACAACAACAUCAACGCCGUGCCCAAAGCCAUCCCCGUCAGCCCGAGUGCGCUGGAUGACGACGAGGACGAUGACGAGCACACGGUGGUUGCCACGGCGAGGGGCAUCUUCAACGCCAACGGCGGCGUGCUGAGCUCCAUCGAGACGGGCGUGAGCAUCAUCAUCCCGCAGGGGGCCAUCCCCGACGGCGUCGAGCAGGAGAUCUACUUCAAGGUGUGCCGCGACAACAGCAUCCUGCCCCCGCUCGACAAGGAGAAAGGUGAAACCCUGCUGAGCCCCCUGGUGAUGUGCGGUCCUCACGGCCUGAAGUUCCUGAAGCCCGUGGAGCUGCGUCUUCCUCACUGUGCGUCUAUGACCCCUGAUGGUGACCCUAAGAGCUGGCAGAAUAAAGCCCUGCAGGGGGACCCUAACUACCUGGUGGGGGCCAACUGCGUGUCUGUGCUGAUCGACCAUUUCUGAGGAGGGAGACAGCCGGUCUGUUACUGAAUGUGUUCUCUGGAGAACCACGCAGAGGACAAGAGCUGCACUCCCAGAACACACACACACACAUGCGCGCACACACACACACACACACACACACAUGUACACACACACACACACGAUGGUCACUGCCCUGGAUUGCAGGAGGGUUGUGGGGAGGUGUGUUGCCCCCCUACCCCCUCCUCACUCCGCUGAAGAAUCUCCUCUCCACGUUCCAGACAACGUUUACUGUAACCAUGGGAACGGGAGAGAAUGACUGUUCUCUGAAGUGCUGUUCUUUUUGUUCUUCGCUCCUUCUUUUUCUAAGUGCUCAUAGCGUAACCAGAACAUAAGUGAAACACACACACGCACGCACACACACACGCACACACACAACACAAGAAAAGAAAGAAAAAAAAAUGUGCUUUGAUGGAAUGCAUGCUCGGUGUGUCACUGCAUAUUAAACAGUGUUUGGCCAAUUUUCAACUAAUCGUUAUGUUACAUUCGACAUGGUGUGCAAGGCUACAUGACCUUCUUCAGUUUAUACUAGAUAGGUAGUCACUAAAGACAUUACAGAGCAUAUUUAUACUAUAUAUGCACCGCAUAUAUGAUAUGAAUAUUAUAGUGAUUUUAUAGCAUUCUACUAUACUAGCUUUUUUCAUAUUUCACUUUCCCAUGAGAAAACACUGAUCAAGGAGGACUGUUUGCACACUUUCACACACACACACACACACACACACACACACACACAGUGUGGACUUGUGAAGGAUUGAGACUUCAGUGCCAGACCAUAAUGCUGGAUCGGAGGUUGCUGGAACCUUCCAGAACACAAAGAAAAAGAAAGUGCAAGCAGAACCCGACGACUGACUGACUGAGAUGAGACCAAACCCCUCACUCACCCCUCACACACCAACGCCUCCGCCAAGAUGGACGCCACUUCUGGACUGCCAGUCAGCCAGACCAGACCGGUGCACCAGAAUCAGCAUCCAUCUGUUCCCUUUCCUCUCUCGCUCUCUCUCUCUCUUUCUCUCUCUCUCUCUCUCUCUCUCUUUCUCUCUCCAAGACAAACCUGUCCUCCUUGCCUUUGAGAUCUUUAGUUUCACCGUUGAAUUUUUUUCUUUUUGUUUGUUUGUAUGUUUUUAUUUUCUUACAGCGAUCUACCUUCUGGCCUACCUUUUGUGGAGGAGUGCGCUCCUCUGCCGUAGCUCUCCUGAAGCCCGCUCUUCCUGCUGCUCCAGGGACUCGGCUGUCUUCGGCCCUGGAUCUCGCUAAGACCCGGACCCCUGAUCGUGCUAAGACCUAGGGCCCAGAUCUCACAAACACCUGGACCUGUCUCUCACACACCCGGGUCUAUCCAGAUCUUGCGUAAAAAAUCUCUCUCUCUCUCUCUCUCUCUUUCUCUCUCUUUCUCAUAAGACCCGGUUCUGGUUAAGAGCUAGGCUCAAAGCAGACGGGGGACCUGGGCCGAGUCCGGGCCGGAGUCGGCUGGCUCCUGGGCCGUGUCCUGAUCUAUGCAUGUGGUCCGGCUCGGACCGCUCGACACCACCACCCCACAGGCAGCCGGAUCUGGGUCUGGGCUCGCGCCUCCAGCACGCUGUGAUGCCUUAUCGCAACAUUACUACUACUAUUACUACUACUACUACUACUCACUUUUUCAGUACCAUUUACAGGAUGAAGUAUUUUUGUUUGUUUUGGUUUUUCUAAGUUAUGGUGGUGAUAGUGAUUACGACUGUGAUGAUGGUGAUGAUUAUGAAGAUGUUGAUGUUGAUGUUGCAUGGUGACGCUGAUGAUGAAGGUUAAAUAUAAAUGAAGUCAUUGAAGUUGGAAUGUUCAACAGACAGUUUUUGGGAAAGAGUGCAGGAGUUCCUUCCUGCUGUGUAUACGACUUCAGAUAGAUUUUUUUUAAAGAAAACAACUAUGGAAAGGUAUGCAGGAGGGUAGAGAGGGAGAGGAGGGGGGGUCGCUGCAGUGGCUGUACAUACUGCGAGUAUAUGGCCUUGGUUCUUGGUUUGUAAAUGAACUUUUUGUAAUGUCUUUAUUAUUUUGUAUAAAAUUUAGAGGAAGAAAAAAACAUCUCUUUAAAAAAUGAUUAUGCUUAUCUUUGUAUUCUGGUUAUACCCUCAGCCUUGGAACUUGUAACAGUAAAGUAAUACGACUACCUUUUCUACCAGCACAGACACACACACACACACACACACACUCUCUGACACACACACACACUAUCUCUCUCUAUCUCUCUCUCUCACACACACAUACACUCUCUCUCUCCUCUCUCUCUCUCUCUCUCUCUCACACACACACACAUGCUAAAAUACAAACAUAACAUUUUUGAUGGUCACUACAACAGCCAACAAUAAAAAAAAAAAAAACUCUUUAUAUGGUUAUUCACAGAAGAGGGAAGUGCUCAGAAUAAAAAAAGUGACACGAAUAAAAGUGUGUUCUUUCUGAACGUGUGCUAUAUAACCCUCCUCUUCCUCUCGUAUGUGAUACUGGAUGCUGUAUCGUGUGCCCUCAAAAGUAUUUUUGUACUAAUAGACAAUUUAUUAGGGCACACCAGUAUUAUUUUCUUUAGCUAAGAUAACACAGCUUCAAAUGGAUAUUAGCUCUUCACGUGUGGCUAACUUUUUUCUUUUUUUUUUUCUCCCACACAAUUUAAGUAUACAACUGAAUUAAUAAAACAUUUUUAAAGUA